GACAAGGUCAAGCGGGCUUUUCGAACAGGAAGUUUAGUCGGAUGGUUCAAAUGGUUGUGGACCGAUUAGAAGAAGCUUUCGCUUAACGGGCUUCCCUGUCUAGUAGCAGUGGAUCAACAAUUUCUCAAGGCAAGAACCUAGGCAGCGAAUUCCAGCAUUUGACAACUCUUACGGAGUAGAAGUUGUGUUUACAGUCUGUUCUGCUAUGUUGGGUCUCCAGUUUCUGGGUGUUAGCUCUUAGAAUUCCUCAUACAGACUAUUAUGUACAUGCCUCCAGCCCAAAACCUUCGUUAGGGUUGUAAAUAAAUUCAUUAGUUUUAACUUGACGUUUUGUGUUGGAGUCGGGACCUGGUUUAUUCAAGAUCAAUGGGACGUGCCUUACUCUGCAGGCUUCCCACUUUUUGCAGCUUACGAGCCAGCCACAAAAAUUUCACUCAUUCUAGUCAUCACCAUACUAACUAAACUACAAUGCAUCUUCCCUGUUUAUUAUAUGUAAACCCAUCGAAACUGUGCUCAUAUUUUCGUCUUCGUUUCGUACGACAUCUGUCUUACAUUAAAUCGGCGACAAUCGAUAACGAGGUACACAUUUUAACGUUGAAUAAUCCUAUGAGUGCUAAUUCACUUUCUUUGCCGUUGAUGAAAGAACUUCUCACGGUUUUGGAGUCGAUCAAGUUGUCUCAGAAUAUUAAAGCUUUAGUGAUUACUGGUGAAGGAAGAUUUUUUUCUUCUGGACAUAAUCUUCACGAGGUUAUCAAAAUUUCUGAUACAAACUCAAAUGAAAUCUUUUCAACGGCAUCAGAGAUUAUGGAAAAAUUAGCUGAAUUUCCUAUACCAUCGAUAGCAUCUGUAAAUGGUCCUGCUGUCGCUGGAGGUUGUCAAUUAGUUGCAGCAUGCGACUUGGCAAUAUCAGUCAAAUCUGCGAUAUUUUCAGCUAGUAGUAUUAAACUAGGAUUAUUCUGUAGUACACCUGGUGUAUCAUUAGUUCGAGCGAUUGGAUUACGAGCUGCUAAGGAAUUGCUUUUAACAGGCAAAGCUAUAAGUGCUGAUAGAGCCUACGAAUUGGGUCUUGUUCAUCGUGUAGUUGAAGAUGACAAACUAUAUGAAGCUUCUAUUGAAUUCGCGAAAGAAAUUACUCAACAUAAUAAAGAUGUUGUACAGUUAGGUCGAGAAACACUUCACAAACAAGCUUCUAUGCCAUUGAUGGAUGCUUAUGCAAUAGCUUCAAAUGCGAUGGUUAAAAAUUUACAAUUCAAUGAUACCAAACAAUGCAUUCAAUCAUUUUUAAAUCGGAAGAAAUAAACAAAUAGAUCCAUGUAAUUAUGAUUCUUAUGUUGAUACUUAUUUUUCGUUUGAUUGUAUAUGUACAUAUUUAUGCACUCACAUGCGCGUCUAGACCACCUAUACUAUAACCUCUGCACAUUUCAGAUAAUUAAAAAAAAAAGAAAACUCAUCAUAUUAAUCUUUUUUCUUAAGUCAUUUUUCA